UACUGAUAUAAACAGCUGGAGCUAGUGAAACACACACAAUGCAGGCAGGCACAGAGCACUGAACGCUUGCUGGGAGGCACUCACUGCACAUCCUGACGCUGGUACAAGCAGCCAAGCAUGGGACUGGAAUUCACCCUGGAUUUGUCCUUUGAUUGCUGAGAUCUCACACUGCUGGGCUGUACAGAGCAUACUUUUUCCAUCCCCCUGUGAUAAGCAGGUUAUUUUAUGUAUGACAUGUUUUCAAGGAUCAACAUAUAAUGGCGCUGAUCUUCAGAGCCUUCAGUUUGGAAUUACAAAGAUCGCAUAUUCCUUCAUGACCUUAAUGCCCUCAUGCCACAUGAGAACUUUGAAGGAACAUGAAAUUGUUUUCCUGGAGGAAGUCCUAUAAUACAAAAUAUUUUAAGAAGCAUCAAGUAAAAGUGGGGGGUUAAAAGUCCUACUUUUUUUUUUCUUUUUUUUUUUUUUAAACUUUUUUUCUUUUGGGGGGUUUCCAAGGAGGGCAUGGCCAAACCUUUUUUCAGUCUACAGAAAUUUCUAAGGCGAGCUCAGUUUUUCCUCUUUUUUCUCACAGUUGCUUAUCUAAUGGCUGGAAGUUUGCUACUUUUGCAAAGGUCUUAUCUGGUGAUCCAGCAAAGUAACCGAGGAACUUCAAAUCUUCAAGGCUCUCCAAUUGACAGCUUGACUGCCGGAGAUAGGUAUAUUGACCACAAGAUGGCUCAAAACCCAUAUUGGAGCCCAAAAGGAAUAGUGGGUUUUAAUUUACCUACAAAAACAUUGACAAAUCAAAGAAAUGGAUUGAUUGAUCAGCCACUUUGGUUGAUAUCCCGCAAUUCUGAACUGAGGCAGCUGAGGAGAAGAUGGUUUCACAAUUUUGUGAAUGAACGAGCACCAGUACAAGGUGCACAACCAAAAAUAAUGAAGCACACACUGGUAAACAAAGGUAGAUACAUUGGAUGCUUUAUUGACAACGUGGAACAAAGAACUCUCAAAGCAACAGUGUUCUAUGAUCUGAGAAAAAUGACUAUAAGCCACUGUCAAGAUGCUUGCGCAGAAAGAGCUUAUCUUUAUUCUGGUUUGGCAUAUGGAUCUGAAUGUUACUGUGGAAACAGUCUACCCCCGAACAGAGCCAAAGAAGAAGAGUGCAACAAUGAAUGUAAAGGGGAGAAAGGUUCCAUCUGUGGAGGUGUAAAUCGUCUGUCUGUGUUCCGUAUAGAAGAGCUCCAAGCUUUGGAAAAACAGAGGAGGAACGUCACCUACCGAGGAUGUUACCGAGCACCAGAAAAUAUAACACAAAUAUUUCCUGCCUUUUUUGCCAAUCUCACCAUUGAGAUGUGCUCAGAAUUCUGCACCAUUAAAGAAUAUCCUUUGGCGGUUGUCCGAUGGACAGAAUGCUUCUGUGGUUACCCUACAGUUCAGUUUAACCUUUAUGAGCAGCUGGAUGAUUCACUCUGUUCUGGCUGUACAAAUGACAGCAGUGGACCAGAUCUCCUAAAGGAAGACCGUUACUGUUCUGUCUACCAAACACCUGUACAAGAUACCAGAUGCACAGCGAGGUCAUUUCUACCUUCAAAAUCCAAAGUGUUUGUAGCUUUGUCAAGUUUUCCUGGGGCAGGAAACACAUGGGUGAGACACCUUAUUGAACAUGGAACAGGGUAUUACACUGGAAGCUACUACUUUGAUGGGACACUGUACAACAAAGGCUUCAAAGGUGAAAAGGAUCACUGGAGGAGUGGGCGUACGAUAUGUGUAAAGACUCAUGAAAGUGGCAAAAGAGAAAUAGAAAUGUACGACUCCUCAAUAUUAUUAAUUCGGAACCCUUACAAAGCGUUGAUGGCAGAAUUCAACAGAAAAUGUGCAGGGCAUUUGGGAUAUGCAACAGAAAGGCACUGGAAGAGUAAAGAAUGGCCAGAAUUUGUGAACAGCUAUGCAUCUUGGUGGGCUUCACAUGCCUUGGACUGGCUACAGUAUGGAAAGAGACUUCUUGUUGUCCACUAUGAAGAACUGAAGAGAGAUCUUAUUGGAAAACUGAAGGAAAUGGUGGCCUUUCUCAAUUUAACAGUAAAUGAAGACCGUCUACUUUGUGUGGAAAAUAACAAGGAUGGGAAUUUUAAACGAGUAGGCUCUAGUCAAACAGUCUUGGAGCCUUUCACGCGAGAAAUGAAGGAUUUAAUUGAUGGAUAUAUUAGGACGGUAGAUAAAGCACUAAAAGCCAGAAACUUUACAGGCUUACCUGAAGAAUAUAUGCCAAGAUGAUAUCUGGACAAUGAUUAGUUUUUUGUUUCCUUUAAUUUACUUUUCACUUGACAGACAGCUGCAAAGAUGCAUAAUGAUAAAAGAGGGAAGAGUUGAGAAUCACUGUUCUUAUAAAUCAAGGCAGAAAUGUUAAGCAUCUUUUUUUGUGUGUGUUUCUCCUCUGUACCAAUUGCGGGGAGUUUUACAGUUGUUCACUGUGUACAGUAUUUUGGAAAAGGUUACUUUGUUCAUCCGUACUGCCUUUUAGCAAUACUUUUCAGGAGUAGUUUUAUGUGUUCAAGUGCCAGAGCCUGGAAUCUGUCAGACUUUCUUUCUGUAAAAAUUAAUAAACGUGGGAGCAGAA